GUUGCACGCUUCAUUUACGCUUUUGUCCAGGCGCUGCAGCAUUAGCUUGCCUUAGCAGAUGCCUCAUCUAGUACACCAGUCAUAUAGAAGAAUACAGUAAUCCAUGUGUAUGAUGGUCAGGUGAAAUUGAUACCUAGAUAUUGCAACAUGGCCCUUUCAAUGGAAACCCAGCUCCAGAGCAUCUUUGAAGAUGUGGUGAAAACGGAGAUGAUCGAAGAGGCCUUUGCUGGCAUGUUUAUGGACACUCCAGAAGAUGAGAGGACUAAAUUGAUCAGCUGUCUUGGAGCCUUUAGGCAGUACUGGGGGACGUUGCCACAGGAGUCUCAUGACCAGUGUGUUCAGUGGAUUGUGCGGUUUACUCACAGCCAACACAGCCCCAAGCGUAUCUCCUUCCUGUACGACUGUCUGGCCAUGGCUGUGGAGACCAGCUUACUACCACCCCGGAUGGUGUGUGUAGCACUGAUCAGCUCAGACAGCUUGGAGUGGGAGAGGAGCCAGCUGUGGGCUCUUACCUUCAAACUCAUCCGCAAGAUCAUCGGUGGGGUGGACUACAAGGGUGUCCGUGACCUAUUGAAAGCUGUGCUGGACAAGAUUCAGAGCAUUCCCACCACGGUCAGCUCAGCGGUGGUCCAGCAACUACUAGUCGCCAGAGAGGUGGUAGAGUAUAUCCUGGACAGAAAUGCCUGCCUCCUUCCUGCCUAUUUUGCCAUCACAGAGAUCAGAAAACUCUAUCCUGAGGGACAGCUGUCACACUGGCUCCUGGGAAGUCUGAUAUCAGACUUUGUCGACAGUUUCCGACCUACGUCCAGAAUCAACUCCAUCUGUGGCAGGUGUAGCCUGUUGCCUGUGGUGAAUAACAGCGGUGCCAUCUGUAACUCCUGGAAAUUAGACCCCAACACACUGCGUUUUCCCCUAAGGGGCAUGCUGCCUUAUGACAAGGACCUGUUUGAGCCCCAGACAGGCCUGUUGCGUUACGUGCUGGAGCAGCCGUACUCUAGAGAAAUGGUGUGCAACAUGCUCGGACUCAACAAGCAGACUCUGAACAUUGCCCAGCACAAGCAGCGGUGCCCGGUGCUGGAGGAGCAGCUGGUGGACCUGGUGGUGUACGCCAUGGAGCGCUCGGAGACGGAGGAGCACUUUGACGCCGACGUGGGCGGCACCAGCCAGCUGCUGUGGCAGCACCUGUCCUCCCAGCUCAUCUUCUUCGUGCUCUUCCAGUUCGCCAGCUUCCCCCACAUGGUGCUGUCCCUGCACCAGAAGCUUGCGGGCAGAGGUCUGAUCAAGGGCAGGGACCACCUGAUGUGGGUGCUGCUGCAGUUCAUCUCCGGGAGCAUCCAGAAGAAUGCCCUGGCCGACUUCCUGCCCGUCAUGAAGCUCUUUGACCUGCUGUACCCCGAGAAAGAAUGUAUUCCCGUCCCGGACAUUAACAAGCCCCAGUCCACUCACUCCUUCGCCAUGACGUGCAUCUGGAUCCACCUGAACCGCAAGGCCCAGAACGACAACUCCAAGCUGCAGAUACCCAUACCCCACUCGCUGAAACUACACCACGAGUUCCUGCAGCAGUCGCUCCGCAACAAGUCCCUGGGCAUGUUGGACUACAAGAUCGCCCUGCUGUGCAACGCCUACAGCACCAACUCGGAGUGCUUCACGCUGCCCAUGGGCGUGCUGGUGGAGACCAUCUACGGCAACGGCUCCAUGCGCAUCAACCUGCCCGGCACAAACUGCACCGCCUCGGGCUCCGUGUCCCCCCUGCCCAUGAACCUGCUGGACUCCCUGACCGUGCACGCCAAGAUGAGUCUGAUCCACAGCAUUGCCACUCGUGUGAUCAAGCUGGCCCACGCCAAGUCCAGCAUCGCCCUGGCCCCGGCCCUGGUGGAGACCUACAGCAGGCUGCUGGUCUACAUGGAGAUAGAGUCUCUGGGCAUCAAGGGUUUCAUAAGCCAGCUGCUGCCCAAUGUGUUCAAGUCCCACGCGUGGGGCAUCCUGCACACGCUGCUGGAGAUGUUCAGCUACCGGAUGCACCACAUCCAGCCCCACUACCGCGUCCAGCUGCUGAGCCACCUGCACAGCCUGGCGGCCGUGCCCCAGACCAACCAGAACCAGCUGCACCUCUGUGUUGAGAGCACAGCCCUGCGGUUGAUCACGGCACUGGGCAGCUCUGAGGUGCAGCCCCAGUUCACGCGCUUCCUCAACGACCCCAAGACGGUCCUGUCGGCAGAGUCGGAGGAGCUGAACCGAGCUCUGAUCCUCACGCUGGCCCGAGCCACCCACAUUACAGGUAGUUACAGCCCUCUGAUCCUGGCCAGAGCCACCCACAUUACAGGUAGUUACAGCCCUCUGAUCCUGGCCAGAGCCACCCACAUUACAGGUAGUUACAGCCCUCUGAUCCUGGCCAGAGCCACCCACAUUACAGGUAGUUACAGCCCUCUGAUCCUCACGCUGGCCAGAGCCACCCACAUUACAGGUAGUUACAGCCCUCUGAUCCUGGCCAGAGCCACCCACAUUACAGGUAGUUACAGCCCUCUGAUCCUGGCCAGAGCCACCCACAUUACAGGUAGUUACAGCCCUCUGAUCCUGGCCAGAGCCACCCACAUUACAGGUAGUUACAGCCCUCUGAUCCUCACGCUGGCCAGAGCCACCCACAUUACAGAUUUCUUCACAGGCUCUGACUCCAUCCAAGGCACCUGGUGCAAAGACAUCCUGCAGACCAUCAUGACCUUUACCCCGCACAACUGGGCCUCACACACACUGUCCUGCUUCCCUGCUCCCCUGCAGGCGUUCUUCAAGCAGAACAACGUGCCCCAGGAGUCGCGCUUCAACCUGAAGAAGAACGUGGAGGAGGAGUACCGCAAGUGGAAGUCCAUGUCCAACGAGAACGACAUCAUCACCCACUUCUCCCUGCAGGGCUCGCCGCCCCUCUUCCUGUGUCUGCUGUGGAAGAUGCUGCUGGAGACGGACCACAUCAACCAGAUAGGCUUCAGGGACGGCAAACCCCAACUUAAGGUGCUGGAGCGGAUCGGGGCCCGUGCGCUGGUGGCCCACGUGCGCACGUUCGCGGACUUCCUGGUGUACGAGUUCUCCACGUCGGCGGGGGGCCAGCAGCUCAACAAGUGCAUCGAGAUCCUCAACGACAUGGUGUGGAAGUACAACAUCGUCACCCUGGACCGACUCAUCCUGUGUCUGGCGAUGCGCAGCCACGAGGGCAACGAGGCCCAGGUGUGCUACUUCAUCAUCCAGCUGCUGCUGCUGAAGCCCAACGACUUCCGGAACCGGGUCAACGACUUCGUCAAGGAGAACGCGCCGGAGCACUGGCUGCAGAACGACUGGCACAGCAAGCACAUGAGCUACCACAAGAAGUACCCCGAGAAGCUGUACUUCGAGGGUCUGGCCGACCAAGUGAACCCCCCCAUGCAGCACACGUCCCAGUACCUGCCCAUCUACUUCGGCAACGUGUGUCUGCGCUUCCUGCCCGUGUUCGACAUCGUCAUCCACCGCUUCCUGGAGCUCAUCCCUGUCUCCAAGUCCCUGGAGACCCUGCUGGACCACCUGGGGGGGCUGUACAAGUUCCACGACCGCCCGGUGACCUACCUGUACAACACGCUGCACUACUACGAGCGGCACCUGAGAGAGAGAACCAGCCUGAAGAGGAAGCUGGUGCACGCCAUCAUGUCUUCACUGAAGGACAACCGUACUCCGGGGUGGUGUCUCAGCGAGACCUACAUCAAGUUUGGAAUGAGCGCCCGAGAGGACAACGUGUGGAUCCCAGAUGACACCUACUACUGCAAGCUCAUUGGACGGCUGGUGGACACGAUGGCGGGCAAGUCCCCCGGUCCCUUCCCCAACUGUGACUGGAGGUUCAACGAGUUCCCCAACCCGGCCGCCCACGCCCUGCACGUCACCUGUGUGGAGCUGAUGGCGCUGACAGUGCCCGGCAAGGAUGUAGGCAACGCCCUGCUCAACGUGGUGCUGAGGAGUCAGCCUCUGGUUCCCCGAGAGAACAUCACAGCCUGGAUGAACGCCAUCGGACUGGUGAUCACCGCCUUGCCUGAACCCUACUGGAUCGUCCUCCACGACCGCAUCGUCUCGGUGAUGGGCUCCCCCACGCUGACGACGGAGACGGCGUGGGCGGGCUGCCCCUUCGCUCUGCUGGACUUCACGGCCUGCCACCAGAGCUACAGCGAGAUGAACUGCAGCUACGUGCUGGCGCUGGCACACGCCGUCUGGCACCACUCGUCCAUCGGACAGCUCUCGCUCAUUCCCAAGUUUCUGUCAGAGACGCUGAAGCCUGUGGUCCAGACGGAGUUCCAGCUGCUGUAUGUGUACCACCUGGUGGGGCCCUUCCUGCAGCGCUUCCAACAGGAGAGGACGCGCUGCAUGCUGGAGAUUGGCGUGGCGUUCUACGAGAUGCUGCAGGCGGUGGAUCAACACAGUCAACACCUCCACUUCAUGGACCCCAUCUGUGAUUUCCUCUAUCACAUCAAAUACAUGUACACGGGAGACAGCGUCAAGGAGCAGGUGGAGAAGAUCAUCAUGACUCUGCGUCCGGCCAUGAAGCUCCGCCUCCGCUUCAUCACCCACAGCAGCAAGAUCGAGACGUCUUCGGCUGCACCGCCCUCCUCCUCCUCCACCACCACCACCACCUCCUCCUCCUCCGCCCAGCCUCCAACCUCCUCCAUCUCUGUCUCCUCCCCCUCAUCCACGCAGCACACUCCUAUGUCAGUAGGCUAGGGAGCCGUGGACACACACGCGCACAGAGAAGGGGUGUUCUGUACAUAAAAUACACAAAUGUGCUCUCAAGCCACAAUCAUUUUUUACUGAAUUGUUUUUAGUUUUUCCAUCAUGACUGAAAUAAACAAACAAAAACAAAAUACGAUUUUUUUGCGAAUAAGAAGUAAAAAAAAAAAAAGGUGGUCGCCGUGACCAAAGCAAUGUGAAGUUUGAAUAUCUUAUAGACUCUCAAAGACAUACUGUAGUACCAAGUACUGGGUUUCUUAACUUCUAGAUCAUGGAAUGGAAUGACGGAAUGAGAUCUAGUGAUCGAUCAUAACAUUGUGUCAGUGGCCUUAAUCAUUAAUUGCGUAUCAUGCAGCAAAUAUUCAGUAUCAUGAAUUCAUUGUGUUAAGUCCUUUUGUAAUAUGUUACAUUUCCAUAAGGUAUGCCUUCUGUACGCAAAAUAAAUUGAUUUUCGUAAUUUUG